AUGCCUAAGGCCGCAGCAAAGAAGACCGGUAAGGUCGAGAAGCGCCGAGGCAAGAAGGACCCCAACGCUCCCAAGCGCGGUCUGUCUGCCUACAUGUUCUUUGCGAACGAGCAGCGCGAGAACGUCCGCGACGAGAACCCCGGUAUUUCUUUCGGCCAGGUUGGCAAGCUUCUCGGUGAGCGCUGGAAGGCCCUCAACGACAAGCAGCGCACUCCGUACGAGGCCAAGGCCGCUGUCGACAAGAAGCGGUACGAGGACGAGAAGGCUGCUUACAACUACACUGACGCAAAAUAG